GCAUGUGUCAGUGAGAGCAUAUAAUAGCACCAACCAGCUUCCGCCUACAGAGUGCUUACACCAUUUUUAAUCCUCAUUUCUCGUCAUGAUUUGAUAGAUACGCAAAGAAGGACACUCUGCUCACAUUCUGCAUUAGAUCGUGCCUCUCCGGCGACUGUCAUUUUCUGAUUUACCAUAACUUACCUCCCAUCAUGUUUCCGUCUUUCACCGGAACAUCUCGCCGCCCCAGGCAGGUGAACUUGUCUGGCCGAAACCCGAAUCCAUUUGCCUCUCUUGCUGCUUCCCGACAAGCUCCUGUCGCGCAAGCAACGUUAGCGAAUGCACAGCAGGAACGUAUACAAAGGCAACUUGAGCGCGAACGAACAAAUGCCGCAAGAACGCUACAGCGAAUAUGGAGAGGUCACAACAGCCGCCGGAAAUUAAAGGACACCUGGGGGCAGGAAUGGGAGCAAAAAGAGUUAUCUGAGUAUUACGAGCUAAAGGGAACGGAGAACAACUGGACACCUGAAGGAUAUCAAAUUAUUCCUUCGGACUUGCCACCUUUCUCAACGGACCAGGACGCGGUCCGCCGAUUACAGGAGUUAGUCCAUUUUGUCAGCCUCAGGGAUCCGCGGCAGCUAUGGCGAAUGGACUGGUAUAUUCGGAGGCUUCUCAAAACGCUAUCCAAUAACCAGCUCCAACCUGUGCUGCAGAAAAAACAUCUGUUGUUUCGGCGAUUUUUGAAACUUUGCUUUCGAUAUUUGAUUAUCAGCACACCACCAUCCGUCACUAAGUCACUGUCAGAGGCCAUCCUGCUCCUGCUCCCAACCCUUGCCAAAGCACUGCCGAAAGAUACCUCCCAGGUAUCCACGGAAUAUUACUCUGCGUUAUCCAGUAUAAUCCGUCAUUCUCUCUCAGCACCCUCAGUUGAUCGGCAGCUGCUUCUUUCCGCAGUGCUAGCUCCCUUGCAGAUCUUAACAUCAGAAACUCUAUCCGCAUAUCAGGGAUUUGUCUAUAAACUUCUAGGAAUAGCGGAUCUCGAUCGCUUCUUCGGAGGUGUUGAUGUUCUAGCAUCCGGGAUCAAUUAUAAGCUUCUAGCGGCUGCAUUAGCGGAACAAUUGAAGAAACAGCACCAGGAACUAAGAAAUUCGAGUCCCGAGGAGCGCGAAUCUCGUCUUUGGAUAUUAGGGUAUUUUAUCUACUUUCAUCGCAAUGCGCACGGCUUAGAUCAAGGCGAUGCGCAUCUCCCCGAGCCGGACUAUGUUUUAAUUGUCUCCAAACUCCUCAGCUCUCUUGCUGACGAAGUCGCUUCACGAAUACAAGUUGAAGAUACUCCAAUCGGUGGUUACUCGGACCGAGAGGGCGACCUUGGCGCAAGUCGCGGAGAACCUUUGCCCUUACCACCAUUUGUUCGGCGUGAACUUCUAACGCUUGUGAACCAGCAAAGUAUCAGUACACUCUUUAACAAACUGCACGAGUCGAGUCAAACCAGUGAAGAGAGACUGGCCAGGCCGGAGAUUUAUUCAAUGAGCGAAGAAAUGCUUCUUGCGAGUUAUGCCCUAACCCUUCUCCGGGUAUUCCCCAGACGUGCGGACGAAAUACGAAUGUGGCUCUAUUUAGGCUCCGUGCCAGUUUCCGAUGAUGUGGUAAUGGAUGGAUCGGCUGAGCGCAUUCCCGCAAUUAAGUUCUUUUGGCAAGCUGUCCGGAAAACGGAGCUUUUCGGUUCUAUAAGUCGUGACUCGCGGGCUGCAUUGCUCCCGUUAAAGGAUGCAGUACGUGCUUCCACAUACAUUACCGAAAAUAAUAAGCUCGAAAAGGCGGACCAAGAAUGGAGGAUUAUUCUUCUUUUUUUCGAACUCUACGCCUUCAUAUUGAAAGUCAUGGAUGACGAGGAGUUCUUUCAUGGAAGCGCUCACGUCAGCCUUGGUACCGCAGCCUCGUGGACCCGUCAAAGCGCGUUACCACUCGCAGACGUCAAAGAUCUAACUAUUUUCUUGAAGAAUUUGGCAUUUACAAUGUACUGGAAUGCAUCAGACAUUGCCGAGAGCGAUACGACUGCAAAUGGCAGUGUCAUUUCGGGCUAUUUCAGCACAUCCAAUAUGGGCCCUAGCCCCUCACGCAUGGUUGAGUCAGGUCAGCAAGAAUUUAGAGAAGUUGCGAUUGGUGGGGUAACGGGAAUGAGUUUGGACUAUUUGAAGGGCGUCGUUACCGGUCUUCUUCGAAUGGUCUACGAGAGAGAUUCGAGACGCAAAUUCUUGCCAAAGGAUCAUUGGCUGAUGACUUCUCGAUUCGACAUGGAGGGCUUUAUUCCCGCAGUUGUUGUCGAAGAGGAGAAUCGACACCGCCUAGAAGAGGCCGAUGACGACGAUGAAGAAAAUCUCGAGGAGCUAGAAGUUGAAGAUCAAGAGCAAACGACAAUUAUUGGGACCCGGCGUACGCAGCAUGCCAGAAACUUGGAACUUUUGCGAAAACAGCAGCGCAAAGCAUCACGUAAAAAGUACCUGGAGGCGGUCACACCCCGCCUAGAGAUUCUGCAAAACAUGCCAUUUUUCAUUCCAUUUGCUACACGGGUGCAAAUUUUCCGAGAAUUUGUCUUGUUAGACCAGACGCGGAGGCGCGGAGGCCAUGUCGAUCCGGACAAUUGGCGCAUGUCAAUCAUGCAGCACUCUGCUUUCCAACGCAAUCCCCUCGGGCAGUCCGUUGGACAGGAGAUAAUCAGCAAACACCACGCCAAAAUUCGUCGAGAGAGUGUGUUCGAGGAUGCAUAUGAACAGUUCUACGAGCUAGGCGAGGGUCUGAAAGAACCCAUUCAGAUCACCUUUGUGGACAAGUUCGAUACUGUCGAGGCGGGCAUCGAUGGCGGGGGUGUCACGAAGGAGUUUCUUACCAGCGUGACCAACGAAGCGUUCAGCCCGGACAGUGAUCUCAACCUUUUCGUGGAAAAUGAUCAGAGUUUGCUAUACCCUAAUCCUGCUGCAGUAGAUGAACGACGCGAAUGGCUACGGGAAGCAGGUGUGCGUGAAGGUUCCCGCGAUUGGAACGAACAGAUCCGAGAUCUUCUGCGACGUUACGAAUUCCUCGGUCGUGUAAUCGGCAAGUGCCUCUACGAGGGUAUCUUGGUUGACAUCAGCUUUGCUCCUUUCUUCCUUCUCAAAUGGGCUUUGACGGGCGGUUCGGGGUCGGCUGCGCGGGAAUCCGGUUACCGCGCAAAUCUUAACGAUCUUCGUGACCUCGACGAAAGUCUGUAUCAAGGAUUGCUUCAACUUAAAAAUUACCCUGGAAAUGUUGAGGACUUUGCUCUCAAUUUCACAGUCACGGACAAUAUCACAACGCCACGCAAGGCGCCUGAUGGAACUAUGGAGGGGCCUAUCAGAACUACCACUCGCGACUUACGCCCUGGCGGAUCUGAUAUACCUGUCACAAACGAGAACCGUCUUGUAUAUAUUUCAUACAUGGCUCGCCACCGCCUCCAAGUACAGCCUCAUCUGCAAACGAGUGCCUUCUUGCGGGGACUUGGCGAGAUUAUCCCGCCGUCUUGGCUAUCCAUGUUCAAUCAAUCUGAACUUCAGACCUUAGUCGGUGGCGCUUCAGCCGAGAUUGACGUCUUUGACCUGCGGCGAAACACUUUAUAUGGAGGUGUUUACACGAUUGGCGACGAUAAUCUGGAGCACCCAUCUGUGCAAUUAUUUUGGCAGGUUAUGCAGUCACUCUCAGAUGCUGAGCGGCGCAAGGUUCUCAAGUUCGUCACGUCGACACCACGAGCGCCUCUGCUCGGAUUUGGUCAAUUGAACCCGCGUUUCAGUAUUCGGGAUGCUGGAGACGAUCAGGUCCGGCUUCCAAGCACAAGUACCUGUGUAAAUCUGCUCAAGUUGCCUCGGUAUUCAGAUGCUGAUACGCUACGGGAGAAAUUACUCUACGCUGUCAACUCUGGAGCUGGUUUUGAUCUUAGCUGAAGAAGGAAAUCUAGGAUUUCGCCAAGAAGACGUUUAUAUGUUGACUUUGUACGUUUGUGCAAUCUGCUUAGCGGCAUUGGGAAGGCGUUGGACUUUGUUGUUGAAAUCUGGCAUCACCGAGAUAGGUGCUUUUACGUGCUCCUCUAAUUGCUCUUCUUUAUUUCACUCUGUAUUUAAAUCCAGAUAACCGCGUAUUGGUGUCAUUCCUAGGUCAUAUGAACUAAAUAGAUUUCUUUCACAAAUAAUUC